GGGAAACCCUGUGGUCACUUUCAUUAUUCCUUAACAGAAGUGGAUUAUAGCACCUAUCGUACAGUGAAUCCAGUAUAAGGCUAAUAAAUAACUUAAGUCUAGGACCCACUAUAGAGUAGCUGUCUAUUACUUUUCAUUUCUAAAGAAGGUUACUUAACAAUGCAGGAGUAUCUCAUAUUGACUGUCAAUGGUUCGGGAAGAAUGUACUAAGCUCGGGAUUAAAUAGGGCUCGAAUGAAGCCUGGUGAGUAAUGUUCGUUCACCAUUGCCUCCAGUCAACCAGACAAUACAGAGCGCUGAAAGUAUUUAAAGCCAUUGAUAUGGCCCUGUUAUUUUCAAACGGACUACAAAAUCCAUCUACACUUCACAGACGAUCUGAUUGACAAAAUGGUCCUCACCGUCGGUAUCGCUGGCAUAACCGGGAAGUUCGCCCACCGCGUAGUCUCCCACUUGCUCAAACACUUCAAUGUGAUUAUCCGAGGAUACUGCCGUGACUCCAGCAAAGUCUCCGAGUCCAUCUCCUCGGAGAAAGUGACCUUGUUCAAGGGCGACGCCUUCGAGAAAGAGGCCAUCCAUACCUUCGCUCAGGGUUGUGACGUGCUGAUCUGCUGCUACCUCGGCGACAAUAAACUCAUGAUCGACGAGCAGAAGAUUCUGAUCGAUGCGUGCGAGCAACUAGGCGUUCCCCGUUACAUCACGAGCGACUGGGCCCUCGACUACACCAAGCUGAAACUGGGCGAGCUGUUUCCCAAGGACCCCGUGAUCCAUGUUCGCGCCUACCUGACCACAAAGCAGAAGGUCAAGGGCGUUCAUAUACUGAUCGGAAGGUUCAUGGAGCCGGUUCUGAGUCCUUUCUUUAAUAUCCUCGAUCCCAAGACUAACAGCUUCCGCUUCUGGGGCGAGGGCGAUGAAAUCAUGGAGGGAACUGCCGACGAUACUGCGGCCCAGUUCACUACCGCGGUGGCUAGAGAUCCCGAGGCAACUGGUGUUAUCCGCUUCCUUGGUGGACGAGCCACCAUUCGCGAAAUCGUUCAAUCCUACGAGAAGGUCUAUGGCGUGAAGGCGAAUCUCGAGAGGCUGGGUUCCCUUGACGAUCUCUACAAGUUUAUGCACGAGACGCGGGCCCAGAAUCCCGCUGAUAUCUACGGCUACAUGUCGCUGUUCUUUUACUAUUACUGGAUCAACGGACAGACCUUUGUCGGGCUGGGGCUUGAUAAUGACAGGUAUCCCCAGGUCAAGCCUAUCAAUUGGGAGGAGUAUAUGAGGCAGUGGCCUUUGGAGCAGUUUCCUAGUUCUUAUUUUGCGCUUAAUGCUUGA